AACCUGCCUUCGGGGAAGUGAAUCAGCUCGGCGGGGUGUUUGUCAACGGGAGACCCCUGCCCAAUGCCAUCAGGCUGCGGAUUGUGGAACUGGCGCAACUGGGUAUCAGACCGUGUGACAUCAGCCGGCAGCUCCGCGUUUCCCACGGUUGUGUCAGCAAAAUCCUGGGCGUCUGUGACAAGUACAACGUGCCGUCGGUCAGCUCCAUCAGCCGCAUCCUCCGGAACAAAAUCGGGAACCUGUCUCAGCAGAGUCACUACGAGUCCUACAAGCAGCACCAGCCGCCCCCGCAGCCUGCUCUGCCCUACAACCACAUCUACUCCUACCCCAGCCCCAUCGCUGCUGCAGGAGCCAAGGUGCCCACCCCUCCCGGGCUGCCAGCGAUCCCCAGCACCAUGGCCAUCCCC